AUGCCGAUUCGGCAAAUGAAAGAAACCUCAGAGACUCACUUAGUAAUCAAACCCAACCUUCUUCAACCUUUAAAGCAACAUAAUCCCAAAGCCCUACAAAACGGUAAAGUCUCUCCUCCGGCGACGGCAACGGCGGCGGUUCAGAGCCAAGCUUCUUCACCUUCGCCGCCGUCGAAGAACCGCAGCCGGAGAAGAAAUCGCGGUGGACGAAAAUCCGACCAAGGAGAUAUCUGUAUGAGACCCAGCUCUCGUCCUCGUAAACCACCGGUACAAACUUCUCCCGUCGCCGGAACCGAGAUCGUCGCCGUGAAUCAUCAGAUGCAGAUGGGUGGUCAUGGUUUGAGUAAAAACUCCAACUUUGCGCCGAGACCUGGAUUUGGAACACUUGGAACUAAAUGCAUCGUUAAAGCUAACCAUUUCCUCGCCGACUUACCAACCAAAGAUUUGAAUCAUUAUGAUGUUACAAUAACUCCUGAAGUGUCAUCAAAAAGUGUAAACAGAGCUAUAAUUGCUGAGCUAGUUAGACUCUACAAAGAGUCUGAUCUCGGUACUAGACUUCCGGCUUACGACGGCCGGAAAAGUCUUUACACCGCCGGAGAGCUUCCUUUCACUUGGAAAGAGUUCACUGUUAAGAUCUUUGAUGAAGACGACGGUAUCAUCAAUGGCCCUAGAAGAGAGAGAUCAUAUAAAGUGGCUAUCAAGUUUGUUGCAAGGGCCAAUAUGCAUCACUUAGGCGAGUUUCUAGCUGGUAAACGCGCAGAUGGACCGCAAGAAGCGUUGCAGAUUCUCGACAUUGUGCUCAGGGAACUGUCUGUUAAGCGGUUUUGUCCCGUUGGACGAUCUUUCUUCUCGCCUGAUGUCAAAACACCGCAGCGACUCGGUGAAGGGUUAGAGUCUUGGUGUGGGUUUUACCAGAGCAUUAGACCUACUCAGAUGGGUUUAUCUCUUAAUAUAGAUAUGGCUUCAGCUGCGUUUAUAGAGCCUCUUCCGGUGAUAGAGUUUGUAGCACAACUUCUUGGGAAAGAUGUCUUGUCGAAGCCAUUGUCCGAUUCCGAUCGGGUUAAGAUUAAGAAGGGUCUCAGGGGAGUGAAAGUAGAGGUUACUCAUAGAGCAAACGUGAGAAGGAAAUAUCGUGUUGCCGGUUUAACAACUCAACCAACAAGAGAGCUUAUGUUUCCGGUCGAUGAGAACUCUACAAUGAAGUCGGUUAUUGAGUAUUUUCAAGAGAUGUAUGGAUUCACGAUCCAGCACACUCAUUUGCCUUGUCUUCAAGUAGGAAACCAGAAGAAGGCAAGCUAUUUGCCAAUGGAGGCAUGCAAGAUUGUGGAGGGACAACGGUACACAAAGAGAUUGAACGAGAAGCAGAUUACUGCUCUCUUGAAAGUUACAUGCCAGAGGCCAAGAGACAGAGAAAAUGAUAUCUUGAAGACGGUCCAACACAAUGCUUAUGAUCAAGAUCCAUAUGCUAAGGAGUUUGGUAUGAACAUAAGCGAGAAGUUAGCUUCUGUUGAGGCUCGGAUUCUUCCAGCUCCAUGGCUUAAGUAUCACGAGAACGGGAAAGAAAAAGAUUGCCUUCCACAAGUUGGUCAAUGGAAUAUGAUGAACAAGAAGAUGAUCAAUGGCAUGACAGUGAGCAGAUGGGCUUGUGUUAACUUCUCACGUAGUGUUCAAGAGAAUGUCGCUCGUGGAUUUUGUAACGAGCUUGGUCAGAUGUGUGAAGUCUCAGGCAUGGAGUUUAAUCCAGAGCCAGUGAUCCCGAUAUACAGCGCGAGGCCUGAUCAAGUAGAGAAAGCUCUAAAGCAUGUUUAUCACACUGCAAUGAACAAAACCAAAGGCAAAGAGUUAGAGCUUCUGUUGGUGAUCUUACCUGACAACAACGGCUCACUUUACGGGGAUCUAAAGAGAAUCUGCGAAACCGAGCUUGGUUUGAUAUCUCAAUGUUGUCUAACAAAACAUGUGUUCAAGAUCAGCAAACAGUAUCUUGCAAAUGUAUCUCUUAAAAUCAAUGUCAAGAUGGGAGGAAGGAACACAGUUCUGUUAGACGCCAUAAGCUGUAGAAUCCCGCUGGUUAGCGAUAUACCGACGAUUAUAUUCGGCGCAGACGUGACUCACCCUGAGAAUGGAGAAGAGUCAAGCCCUUCAAUCGCUGCUGUUGUUGCUUCUCAAGACUGGCCUGAAGUCACAAAAUAUGCUGGUUUGGUUUGUGCUCAAGCUCAUAGGCAAGAACUUAUACAAGAUUUGUAUAAAACAUGGCAAGAUCCUGUACGAGGCACCGUUAGUGGCGGUAUGAUCAGGGACCUUCUGAUCUCAUUCAGGAAAGCAACAGGGCAGAAACCGCUUCGAAUCAUCUUUUACCGUGAUGGAGUAAGUGAAGGACAGUUCUAUCAAGUUUUACUCUACGAGUUGGAUGCAAUCCGUAAGGCUUGUGCGUCGCUUGAGCCGAAUUAUCAGCCACCGGUGACAUUCAUCGUUGUGCAGAAGAGGCACCACACUCGUUUGUUUGCUAAUAACCACCGAGACAAAAGCAGUACUGACCGCAGCGGAAAUAUCUUACCCGGUACUGUAGUUGACACCAAAAUAUGUCAUCCAACCGAAUUCGACUUCUAUCUUUGUAGCCACGCCGGUAUACAGGGAACAAGCAGGCCUGCUCAUUACCAUGUGCUUUGGGACGAGAACAACUUCACAGCGGAUGGUAUUCAGUCUCUGACUAAUAACCUCUGUUAUACUUAUGCGCGAUGCACCAGAUCGGUCUCUAUAGUUCCUCCGGCGUAUUAUGCACAUCUUGCAGCAUUUAGAGCACGUUUCUACAUGGAACCGGAGAUCAUGCAAGAUAACGGUUCACCGGGGAAAAAGGGCGCGAAAGCAACGACUGUAGGAGAUUCCGGUGGUGGUGGUGGCGGUGUGAAGCCUUUACCGGCUUUGAAGGAGAAUGUGAAGAGAGUGAUGUUCUACUGCUAA